AUGGAGGCUGUGAUAGAGAAGGAAUGUAGUGCGCUCGGAGGGCUCUUCCAGACCAUCAUAAGCGACAUGAAGGGAAGUUAUCCAGUGUGGGAAGAUUUUAUAAAUAAAGCUGGGAAACUGCAGUCUCAGCUCCGGACUACAGUAGUAGCAGCUGCUGCCUUUUUGGAUGCCUUUCAGAAAGUGGCUGACAUGGCUACUAAUACACGUGGUGGUACCAGAGAGAUUGGGUCUGCUCUUACCAGGAUGUGCAUGAGGCACCGAAGUAUAGAGUCCAAACUACGUCAGUUCUCAAGUGCUUUAAUUGACUGUCUGAUAAACCCACUUCAAGAACAGAUGGAAGAGUGGAAGAAAGUGGCCAAUCAACUGGAUAAAGACCAUGCAAAAGAAUACAAAAAAGCUCGCCAAGAGAUAAAAAAGAAAUCAUCUGACACACUGAAGCUACAGAAGAAAGCAAAGAAAGCUGAGGCUCUGGGAAGGGGUGACAUUCAGCCCCAGUUGGAUAGUGCUUUACAAGAUGUCAAUGACAAGUACCUGCUGCUUGAAGAAACUGAGAAGCAAGCUGUCCGAAAAGCUCUGAUUGAGGAGCGUGGCCGGUUCUGUACUUUCAUCUCGAUGCUGCGGCCUGUGAUAGAAGAAGAAAUAUCCAUGCUAGGAGAAAUAACCCAUUUACAAACCAUAUCAGAUGACCUGAAAAGUCUCACAAUGGAUCCACACAAAUUGCCAUCUUCGAGUGAACAGGUAAUUUUAGAUCUGAAAGGUUCUGAUUACAGCUGGUCUUACCAGACUCCUCCAUCUUCUCCCAGUACUACCAUGUCCAGAAAAUCUAGUGUUUGCAGCAGUCUGAACAGCGUUAACAGUAGUGAUUCCCGGUCCAGUGGCUCGCACUCGCACUCACCUAGUUCACACUAUCGCUAUCGCAGCUCCAAUCUGCCUCAGCAGGCACCCAUGAGGCUGUCCAGUGUGUCCUCCCAUGAUUCUGGAUUCAUGUCCCAGGAUGCUUUCCAGUCCAAAUCGCCAUCCCCCAUGCCACCAGAAGCACCUAACCAGUUGUCUAAUGGGUUUUAUCACUGUAGUUUAUCAAGUGACCCAUCCGUAGCUUCAGUUGGUGCAGGUCCUUUCCCUCAUUUCCCGCCUGUCUCCCGCGCGUGGACUCGGGCUCCCUCAGCCCUCCUUCCAGACUACGUUCAUUAUUACACCAUUGGGCCAGGCAUGUUGCCAUCAUCUAAGAUCCCUAGCUGGAAGGACUGGGCCAAACCAGGCCCAUACGAUCAGCCAAUGGUGAACACAUUGCAGCGUCGCAAAGACAAGCGUGAGCCAGAUCUCAAUGGAGGAGCUCAGAGCGGGCCAGCUGCGGCCCCUGAGGAGGCCCAGAGACCUCGGAGCAUGACGGUGUCGGCUGCCACAAGGCAGGGAGAGGAGAUGGAGGCCUGCGAGGAGCUGACACUCGCUCUGACGAGAGGGCUGCAGCUGGACACUCAGAGGAGCAGUCGGGAUUCCUUGCAGUGCUCCAGUGGCUACAGCACCCAGACAACAACUCCAUGCUGUUCAGAAGAUACAAUCCCAUCUCAAGUUUCAGAUUAUGAUUAUUUCUCUGUGAGUGGUGACCAGGAGGCAGAACAGCAAGAGUUUGACAAAUCUUCCACCAUCCCAAGAAACAGUGACAUUAGCCAGUCCUAUCGCAGAAUGUUUCAAACCAAGCGUCCUGCUUCUACCGCAGGUCUGCCAACCACGCUUGGACCGGUCAUAGUCACUCCUGGCGUCGCUACCAUCAGACGGACCCCUUCCACCAAGCCUUCAGUCAGACGCGGCACCAUCGGUGGAGGUCCCAUUCCAAUCAAGACGCCAGUGAUUCCUGUCAAAACACCAACUGUCCCUGAUAUCCCAGGGGGGCUGCCCGGCGCCCUCGCUGGGACAGAAGAAUGUCCUGAGCAAAGUCCUGAGUCUCCAGCAGCAGGAGAUGGUGGGCAAGGUGUCACCAGCAUGCCCUCAUCCUCAUGGAGCGGACAAGCAUCUGUCAACCCUCCACCUUCAAGCCAGAAACUGAGUGCUGCUGAUGAGCAAAGGCAAGCGGUUCCUGAGAGCGAGGGGGAGGAAAGCGACCGGGAUGGUGUCAGCACCCUCACACCUACUGGCCAGCCGGAGCUUGAUCCCGGGGAGCUGAGCCCUGGGGAUGCCCCGCAAGGUGAGGAUAUGCUGAACGCCAUUCGGCGUGGCGUCAAGCUGAAGAAGACAACUACAAAUGAUCGCUCAGCACCUCGUAUUUCCUAGGAGUGG